AUGGGUAUUGUUGUUCUUUUGGUUUAUGUUGAUGAUAUUGUGAUCACUGGUUCCGAUUCUGCUUUACUUGGUCAACUCAAAACUCAUCUCUCCGAGUCCUUUUAUAUGAAAGAUCUUGGGUCUCUCACAUAUUUUCUUGGUCUUGAGCUUAGCAAAAAGGAGGACGACUUACUUGCUGAUCCCAGUUUAUACAUGAAGUUGGUGGGUAGCCUUGUUUAUCUCACUAUUACUAGACUGGACAUUUCUUUUGCUGUACAGCAAGUCGGCCAGUUCCUUUAG